AAAUCAGAAAUAACAACUAUAUCUUAUACUGAAGAACGACAAGAAAUUGAAAACAGUUUAUUAUACAAAGAAUUCAACAAACCAAAAAAGAAUAAAGAUCUUGAAGACUUUGACAAAUAUUUAAUUAUUCUAGGAGCAAUAACACUUGCAGAACAAAAACUAGAAGACUUUGAACAUAGAUAUUGGCUGAACGAUCUAAUACAAAAACAAUUGCGAAGCAGAUUAGAAUUAACACCAGACUAUAGCUUAAGAAAUUUUAAAACAAUUCGACUAACUUUAAAAAAAAACUGA